UUUUAUUUUUACUGCUACUGCACUGUCGCAGUACAAAAAAUAAAAAACAGAAGAAAAACGAAAAAAGCCCUUCAAAGAAAAAAUUUAAUCCAGCAUUAUAAAUAAAACAAAGAAAUUAUUAAAAUACAAAUUGUUAAUUCUUAAAUCUAUCCAAAAUGAAUAUGAAAAUGCCUGAUUUCAACAUGAAAAAACUUGUCAAAGAAGCUGGAAGUACUCUUUCCAGAGUUGUACAGCUAACUGAAGAAAAAUUAGGUACAUCCGAACGUACCGAAUUGGAUUCAGACUUUGAAAAUCUUGCCGAAAGGGCAGAAUGUACCAAGAACUGGACAGAAAAAAUAGUACGCGACACAGAAUCUGUGUUAAUUCCUAAUCCUGGUAAUAGGGUGGAAGAUUAUAUAUUUGAAAAAAUCGAAAAGAAAAAACCAUCACGGCUGUCAAACUUGGAGUAUCUGGCAUUGGAUAUGAUCGAAGCAGGUGGAGACUUCGGCCAGGAUAGUCCCUAUGGAAUGGCACUCAUUAAAGUUGGUCAGGCUGAACAGAAAUUGGGUAAUUGCGAGCGAGAUUUCAUUGCUUCGACUGGUAUAUGCUUUACACAGCCUCUUAGGAAGUUCCUCGACGGUGAAAUGAAGACAAUCACAAAAGAGAAGGGUAUCUUAGAGACGAAGAGGUUAGAUUUGGAUGCCUGCAAGAAUCGUGUGCGCAAAGCAAGGAGCAUGUUGGGUCAGCAAACUAAAGAUGGUAUUUCUCCAGAGGCUGCUUUGGAGCAGGCUGAACGAGAUUUACGCGUCGCGCAAGCUGAGUUCGACCGACAAGCUGAAAUAACUAAACUUCUCUUGGAAGGCAUUAGCACUUCUCAAGCCAGUCACUUGCGUCAUUUACACUCGUUCGUUGAAACUCAAGUUCGAUAUUACUCACAGUGCGUCCAAGUAAUGAAUGAUCUUCAAAACGAUCUAGCAAGUCUGGGAGGUCCCACUCGAUAUGUACCCAUCAAUUCAGGCAACAACUCAAAAGCCAAUGAAGAAAACAAUCGUAAUCCUGACAUGAAUCCGGAUCAAAUGAAACGAGCCCGUGUCCUGUGCUCUUAUGAUGCAAAUGACCAUACCGAACUUAGUCUUACAGCAAAUGAGGUUAUUUUUGUGACCGAAUGUUCACCACAGCACAGUGAAUACAUGUAUGGUAAACAAGGCUUAAUGAAAGGUCUUGUGCCGCGGGCAUUCCUUGAAAUGCUUGAUGAUGUCAACGAAAACGAAUAAAAGAACUAUGAGAUGAUUAAUCAACUAAAUUAUUAUUUUAAAUAUUAAUGUACCUUACUUAAUAAGAAACGUAUUAUCAACUCUCGAAAAUGUGUUCCACGUAAGUUUUUGCAAAAGCAUUUGUUGUAAUAAAAUAAUAAAUGCCCACAUAUUUAAAAAAGGAUAUAAACAAAACAUAAAAAAAUAGAUAAAAACGUUAUGAAAAUAUAUAUUAUGUUGUAUCUAUAAAUUGUUGAUUAAUAACAAGAGAUUUAUAUUUAUUUGUAUUUAUUUGUUAAGAAUUUUAACUCUUUAAAAUUUUGUAUUGGGCUUCCAAGACAACCUUGUUAUAAAUUGUUUUAAUUUUGUUCCAAUUAUAUAAUGUAAAAUCAGUUUUUUAAUCAAAACAAAAAUUUAAAUAUACUCUUAAAAUUUUAAAUAAAAUUGCGAUAAAUGUAUCUUUAAAGAAUUAUUACAAAUGAAUUCACUGUGUCGCAUUAGUCACAAUUUUUUUAUAAACAACGCAUACACCACAGUGACCCAACUUUAUAAUUAUGUAAUUGAAUUCAAUGAUAUGCAAAAUGAAAAAAAUAUUCUGUUCGUAGGCAAAAAUUUAACGUUUUUUUUUAUAAGGAAUUUAGCAAACACUUUUCAUACGACAUUCAUAGAAUAAAGAACACACGAAGGGAUAGCAUUUCAAUAUCCAUUUCAUUAAUAAAUCACGGGUCGAAACUAGCUUUCCCCAGGUGAUGACCACUCGCUUCUAUCUGGUUUCCAACAAUUAAACGUGUUUAGUUUUGCCCGCUGGUGUCGCUGUUUGCAUAUAAUUUAUCAUCCAUCAGAUAAACUUCACCUUGCUGGCAAUAAAAACAAACUAAUAAAUUUAUUAAAAAUUGUCUAGAGUUCUCGAGAAUUAAACUUUUCGAAUUUCAAGAUUAUUAAAUUUUGGACUCAAAAUAAAUAAUUGGCAAUUGCAAUUUUGGAUAUUACUUAGCAAAUUCAUUUUUUAAUCGAAACUGAUUUAUAGCUUUCUAAUAGAUUCUAUUGCCAGAACUGGAGUAAAUUGACCACCAGCUUUUGAA